AUGCAUCCAGUGUCGUCGGGAGUCACGCACCCAAUAUUAUCGAGAAUAAUGCAUCCAGUGCCGUCGGAAGUCAUGCAUCCAAUAUCUUCAGGAACGAGGUAUCCAAUGCAAUCAGGAAUCACGCCUGUAAUGUCAUCAGUUCCGCUUACUUUGCUUUUUCCAAACGGUUCUUCAAGUGCCCCAACAACACCAGUUGUUACUGAAAUCAUACGUAGCAUCAGUUAUCAGAUAACACAUAAGGAUCUUUUAUAUACACAAAGCAAUAAUUCAGAGCAGAAGAAUCGUAGUUCAAAACACUGGCUGAAAUCCGAACCAUUUGCUUCUUUACCAGCCAUGGAUACAUCAGUAGCGAGAAAUUCUAAACAUGUAACAUCCGCUAUAUCAACAGAAGUUUGUGUACCCACUUCUAUAGCAGCAACUCCGUGCUUCUCUUCGAGUGCUCCAGCAGCCAGUAAUAUGUUCCAAUCGCAACUACCUUCAAAAGAUACGUCAUCAUGUAAAAGUGCCUCUCAGAAGCGACUAUUUUCUCUUGAUGUAACGCCAAAGAGAAAAACAGAGAGAAGGUUAGCACGACAUAUACGACGGCAGCAGCAAGCAACGACGACGACAGCAGAUAUUGUCAACUUUGCGGGCGCGAAAUUCAGUGAAUCACCUCAGGCAAAAGUUGUGCCGUUACCACCCUUUAUAUGGUGUGAAGAAGCGUCAUCAUCGUCAUCUUGUUCUGGUGAUGAACAAUUUAUGUCAUCGAUUACAGAAGUCGUAAAAAUGGGGAUGGCACGGCAUGGAGAGUUUCAUGAGACACCAAAAUGUUAUAAAUGCAGUCCCAGCUUGAAAAUGAUGCCAUUGCAUUGUGUUGCUGUAUUACCGAGUUCAUAA